AUGAAUACGUUUAAUUCUUAUCAAUCUACUACUAGUAAUACUCAUGAUUUGACAGGAACUCCAAAUGAUUGUGUGAGUUCUGUUCGUUUUUCACCUACUGGAUGUCCGUACGUGCUUCUUGGAGUAACAUCAUGGGAUAAAAGUUGCCGUAUAUGGCAGGUAACUCAUGAUGCAGAUGGGGCGAACGUUCGCACACAACCAAUGAGUCUUGCAGAAAGUGAUGCACCAAUUUUAGAUUUUUCUUUUUCAAAUGAUGGAAGAGUUUUUUGGGGUGGAUGUAGUAAAACGGCAACUAUGUGGAAUUUGGUGACAAAUCAAAAAGUGGUCGUUGCAUCUCAUGAUCUUCCUAUAAGUUGUAUAGCUCAUGUCAACUCUGGUGCUGGAUUAGAAAUGUUAAUUACUGGGAGUUGGGAUGGAAAGUUAAGAUUUUGGGAUUUACGGCAACAACGACCGGCUAAAGAGGAAAACUUGGUUGAACCUAUAUUUGCUUUGGAUGCACAGAAAACUUUUCCUAUGGCCGCUUGUGUAACUGGGCGAAAGGUUCAUAUUUUUGAUCUUCAAAAUUUAAUGAAGACUUCUGAAGUUAAACCACCUACUUUGGUAAAGUUUAAUUUAAGAUGUGUGGCCUGUUCACCUCAGCAUGAUGGAGUUGCAGUUGGAAGUUCAGAAGGAAGAGUUUCUUUUAUCCCUUUUCAACAAGAACCAGGUUGCACUUUUAAGGCUCAUAUCACUAUAGAAGAUAAUGUUCAAUUUAUGCAUCAAACAAAUUUUUGUGUUAUAAAUCCUCGAGCACCUCAUAUUCUUACUGGAGGUGGUGAUGGACGUCUUGCCUUUUGGGACUAUAAAAAACGUUCUAGUAUAGGGCAUAUUGAUUGUGAUCCAAAAUUAGAGAAUCGAAAUAAAUCAGUUUCGGCAGGAGAUAUUAGUGCAGAUGGUUCACUUGUUGCAUUUGCUCGUAGUUACGAUUGGGCAAUGGGUAAAGGUGGUUGUAUUCCUGGUGAGUCUCACACAGUUCAUAUUCGUUCAGCUUAUUAUAAACCUACUGGGGUGAGAUAA